CCGCACUGCGCAGACGCGGGACGCGCCGUCUUCCGGCCCCCGCGCCAGCCGAGUGCGCAGGCGAGGCGAUGAGCGUGGCGGGCGCCGGCCGGGGCUGUCGCCGCCGGGCGCGCGUGUCCCGCCUCGUCUCCUUCAGCGCGACCCACCGACUCCACAGCAAAUCUCUGAGUAAUGAAGAAAACUUGAAACUGUUUGGGAAAUGCAACAAUCUAAAUGGCCAUGGGCACAAUUAUAAAGUUGUGGUGACGGUGCAUGGAGAGAUUGAUCCUGUUACAGGAAUGGUUAUGAAUUUGACUGACCUCAAAGAGUAUAUAGAGGAGGCAAUUAUGAAGCCCCUUGACCAUAAGAAUUUGGAUCUGGAUGUGCCAUACUUUGCAGAUGUUGUAAGCACGACAGAAAAUGUAGCUGUAUAUAUCUGGGAAAACCUCCAGAAAUUUCUUCCUCUGGGAGUUCUUUAUAAAGUAAAAGUGUAUGAAACUGACAAUAAUAUCGUUGUCUAUAAAGGAGAAUAGCUUUUAGGGGUUAAUACUGUAGAAAGACUAAUUUCUUUCCAUAUUUGAAAAAGGUCUUUAUCCCCUGGGACUAUUAAGAAGUCGUCACAUACUUGUUAUGCCUCCACAUUGUGUUCCGGAGUGCCCAAUUGAUUGAAAUUGUUGAGUGUAAAACCUGUUGUGAAUUCAAAUCUAUCUUAAAACCAAACUUGUAAAACAUCCUGAGUAUCAUUUAGAGAGUCUUUUAUUUAUAGAUUAAAAAUCACUUCAUUUUCAGUAAAAUGUUGUGGUGUGGAAUUUAAAAGUAAAAUAAAUCAAUUUUUGUUUUUCAGUUA